AUGCAUCUCAGACUUCAUCAGGUGCUUCUGUUGCUGUUGAGCACCUGGCUCACAGUCUCCUUCUGCUUUUCCUUCCAUGAUGAUGUAUCAUCAUUUGCACGGCGAGAUGAACCAAAGUGGUUGGCCCCCUUAAAGCGUGGAUACAACCCAUGCCGCAGCAGAUGCAGUUCCAAGAGCUGCUGCCAACUCCCUCCAUCCUCCUCCAACGAGGGAGACGCAGAAGGCGUAUCUGUCCGCUCUCUAGAUGCCCGGGCUUUGUUCGAGGUUGACGAAGACACCGUCGACGCCGAGAUAGUCAGACGAUUCGACGAGGGGAAGGUCAAGCUGAUCUUCGACUCUGGUGCCGGUACCGACGACUCAACCUCGGCUUGGAAGCCCAUCAGUGCCAUCAACCCCAGGAGCAGGGCUUUUGACCUCGGUCUGAGCGCACUCUGCGGCUGCACCGGCCUCAUCGUUUACUCCCAGAACGGAGCCUACGGGGCACACUUCUUCGAGGCCGCCGCGUGGGGACGUGGAGACGCUGCCUUCAAGGAGCAUGUCGAAGACUUUCUCAAGAACGGUGCAAGAGGCUCGGGGGGACUUGCAGAGUUUACUGCACAGCUCACUAAGGACGGUGCAGACGUGGCAGCGUACAUCCUAACUCCGCAGCAGGAGCUCCCUGAUGAGGCUGAAGGGGCCCCAGGCUACGUCGAAGGCGAGCUCAUGUACAAAGAUCAGGUGCAGAAACUCGUUGACCUGCUGCCUGAUAUUAUCCCUGGCCUUCGAGGUCAUAUCCAGGUGAACCAUUACCAAGCUCUUGACGGCAUGACAGGCGAGGAUGGUGAAGACGUCAAUCCCGGUCAAGCUAGACUCCUCGACACAACUGCCAGAGGCCGUAUUCUGCUGCAAUAUGAUCCUUCGAAUAACGGAGUCAGAACGGUUCGUCUUUUUUUCGAGACAAAAUUGAUCUUUAAUAGACAAUUGGGUAACGCCGUCUAG